AUGAAUAAUUAACAAACAAUUUCAAAUAACUCCAUGACAGAAUAAGCAGUAGAGGAUCAAUCAUAUGAAUAGGAAGAGGACGAAGAUUUGGAAUAAUAUACACAACAAUUAAACCUAAAAUAAUUAUUAAAGAACUCAGAUUCUUUAAUGUAACAGAUCAAUUUAUUGAAUGAAUAGGCUACUGUAAAAAUCAAAUAGCAGAAAUACAAGGAGGCUUUGAAAUUAUUAUAAUAAUCCGAAUAGAUGUUGGAAUUUGCUGCAAGUUGUGGCAGGGUUAUCGACAGGAACCUUAUUAUAAUAAUUUUAUAUAAUCAAGCUUGCACUUAUUAAUGUUAAUGGGUUCUGGAUAAAUGUUCUAAAUAUUUGGAUGGAGUGAUCUAUAAUAUGGAAUUAGCAAUUAAGGAAGAUGAGCAGGAUCUAGAGAAUUUGGCUAGUGCUCAAGAAAAAUAAGCAUAACUAGUGAAGAGAUACACUUUUUUAGCCAAAGCUUAUUUACAAUAUACAGCAAUUUUAAGCCAAUUGGGAAAGCAUAAUAAAGCACUUAUCAAUUCAUAAAAAGCAGCCUCGAUUAUGAGAGAGUUGUUUAAGAUAGCCAAUCAAUUCUGUGUUUAAUGGUUGCAGACUAAUGGAUCUUCAGGGACUGCCACCACUUCUUAAUCUAAUAUUUCAGUCAGGAGCAAUCAGCAAGAGUAACAAUAAUAGGAAUAGGAUAAAUAGAAGAGAGGCCAAAAGUAUAGGAUGAAGGAUGAAAUUGAAUUCAGUAAAUUAGUAAUUGAUGGUGCACAAGAAAUAUUGAAGGAUAUGAUAAAAUAAGUUGAACUCGAAAAAAUUCCAGUGAAUGAGAAACAAUUAUUGAAAGAAGCCAAGAAGUAAUUAUAUUAUUGGAGGAAUAAUCCAGAAAACAAUGAAAAACAUUUACGAAAAGAAUUGAAAUUAGUAUCUCAAAAUGAAGAAUAUCGAUCAUUAUUGGGAAUUCAGAAUUUGGCUGAGUGGAUCAAGAAUUUUAACAUUGGAUCUAUAAUGCAUAUGGCACCCUAACUUUAUGAUGAUUUCACAUAGUUCGGUGAAAUGAUUUAUGAAUUAGCCAAAAGAUAAAUACUCGAAAAAGUAAUCUACUUCUCUAUUUCUUACUUUACUAUAGCUACUGAAUUAAGAUUUGUGGAAUUGGACAAAGCUAAGCAAAUGGGCUUAAAAGAAGAUAAGAUUGAUACUGAGGAAUUCAAAUUAAGUGAAUUGUACCACUUAAAGUCUAUUGAAAUAGCCUGUCGUCACAUUACUACCUAAUCUCCCUACAUCAGUCAUCUGAUUACUAGUUAUCACAAACACUACAAUAUAAAUUUGGAUAUCAUAAAGGAAGAAUCGAUAUUAUCAAGUACUUCUGAGAAAUAAACUAUUGUGAAUCCAGAACCCUAGAAAUAGAAUCAGAAGUUGUAAAUCCAAAUUUUAAAUGAUGAUAAGUUCAUUGUUAAAUAGGAUCAAUCUCCUAAACUAACUAAUAACUUCAUUACUAAGUUUUUGAAUUCCAGAUCUCCUCCCAAAACUUCAUAGCAAUCCAAAAUUAAAAGCAUUAUUCAGAAUUAAGCUGAUUUGAUUGAACAGAUGAUUACUCAGAAGAGAGGAUCUGAUUACUCCCCUACUAAUUAAUAGAAGAAUCUUAAGUAAUAAAAUUAAGGACAAUUUGAUUUCAGUGUGUAUCUUAAGAAAUAGUCCAAUCCCUGUAAUACUAGUAAUAGCGAGAUCAAUUAGACUCAAGAGUUCAUCAAUAAUACCAUGGCUAUUUAAUUGCAGCCUCAUAAGAAUAAUCCCAAUUUCAGAGCCAACCCCAUAUAACAAAGUCCCACGAAUAACAAUAACUAAUUGAAAUCCCUGCUUUCCGAUGUCUGUAGGACUGAGAGACAGACGGCAAUUGAUAAGUAGAACUCGCACACUCCCAUUAGUUAUAGAGUAAACAACAAAUCUCCUGAUUCUUCUUAUGUCAACUCCUAGAAACCUAAGCAAUAGUAGGUGCAUUAAAAUAAAACACCUUAAAAUCGGCUUAGAACUAAUACAGAAUAAUAGUAACCAUGUUUUCCAUUUAAGUUCGAUACUAUUCAAUCCUUACUGAAGAAUAAAGGAAACAUUCUAAAAUAUAAGUGA